AUCUGCCACGGCCUUAACCUAACUUAAACAAAAAUUUAAAAACAUAAACAAUACCCAAAUCAACUUAAAUAUACUUUCAGCAAUAUUUAAAUAUAUUACAUUACAUAUUAAAACGAUGUUCUAAUAUAAAUAAAAACAUGACGGAAGAACGCCUGGUAACCGAAGUGCCCAGCAGCUUAAAGCAACUGGCCCGAUUGGUAGUACGAGGCUUUUACACUAUUGAGGAUGCCCUGAUUGUAGAUAUGCUGGUCCGUAAUCCUUGCAUGAAAGAGGAUGACAUUUGCGAACUCCUAAAAUUCGAAAGAAAAAUGCUUAGGGCUCGAAUCGCAUUGCUAAAAAAUGAUAAAUUUAUCCAAGUUCGACUUCGAAUGGAAACUGGUGCUGAUGGCAAGUCACAGAAAGUCAAUUACUACUUUAUCAACUAUAAAAGUUUUGUGAAUGUAGUUAAGUAUAAACUGGAUUUGAUGAGGAAGAGGCUCGAAACAGAGGAGAGAGAUGCCACUAGCAGGGCAAGCUUUAAAUGUCUUGCAUGUUUAAAAACAUUUACAGAUCUUGAAGCUGAUCAACUAUUUGACUUUCUCACUGGUGAAUUUCGUUGCACGUAUUGCCGUGAGGUAGUAGAAGAAGACUCCUCUGCACUUCCAAAAAAAGACUCCAGACUUCUUCUAGCAAAGUUUAAUGAACAACUAGAACCUCUAUAUAUACUGUUGCGUGAAGUGGAGGGUAUUAAAUUGGCUCCAGAAGUCCUAGAGCCUGAACCAGUGGACAUCAGCACCAUCAGAGGAUUAGAUAAGAAGAACCCUAAUAUCACAUCACAGGAAUGGUCUGGGGAGGCUACCAGGAAUGCUGGAUUUGCUGUUGAGGAAGCUCGGGUGGAUAUCACCAUUGGUGAGGAAACAAGUGUGGCACCAGUAGCCCAUAAAGAAGCACCAAUAUGGAUGACUGAGUCUACAGUUAUCACUAAUAUCCCUCAAGAUGAAACAGGUAAAAAUGAAGACCAGGAUGAAGAUGCUCCAUCUCAAUCUAAGAGCAAUAAUGAUGAUAUUAUGAGUGUGUUACUAAUGCAUGAGAAAAAAGGUGGAAGUAAUCAAACAACCAAUGCAGUUAAAGGACUGGGUCAGAAUGAUUCUGACUCAGACGCUGAAGAAUUUAAUGAAGUUAAAGCUGCCAUGGAUGAGGUGGAGAUGAUGGAUAGUGAUGAGGAUGAAGAUGACAGCAUCCCAACUGUGCAUGUUGGAAAUAAAACAUAUUUGAUUACUGAGAUCAAUGAUGGAAUUAUCAGUGAGAUGAGUCAGUCUGAGAAAGAAUUGUAUGUGCAAGUGUUUCAGGAUUAUUAUUCUCAUAUGAAUUAUUAGCGUUAAGCAUAAAAUUAGGAUGAUAUGUUUAUUUUUACAAUAAAGUGUUAAAUUUAA